AUGGCAAAAAUUCCUUAUGCAAGUGCACUAGGGAGCUUGAUGUACUUGAUGGCGUGUUCAAGACCAGACUUGGGUUUUGUUGUAAGUCUUGUAAGCAAGUUUAUGAGCAAUCCAGGAAAGUCUCAGUGGAUGGCUCUGAAGUGGAUUAUGAAAUAUUUGAAUGGAACUAGAUCAAUAGGCAUUGUUUUUAAGAAAAAUCAGAGUGAUAAUGAUUAUGUUGAGGGUUUUUCUAAUGCAAACUAUGCAAGUGAUGUGGAUAGGAGGAAGUCAACCUCUGGAUUUGUCUUCACUUUGUGGGGAAAUACUAUUAGUUGGAAAUUCAAGCUGCAACAUAUGGUUACUUUGUCUUCAACAGAGUCAGAGUAUGUAGCAUUAAUAGAGGCAACAAAGGAAGCUACCUGGUUGAAAGGUCUUGUAAAUGAGUUGGGUAUUGAGCAACAAACAGUGAAGAUAAAUAGAAACAGCCAGAGUGCAAUCCAUCUAUGUAAAAACCAAGUGUUCCACAAAAGAACGAAACACAUAGAUGUUCGCCUUCAUUUCAUUAGGGAAAUGAUUGAAAAAGGGGAAAUCGAGAUUGAAAAAGUUGAUGGUUCACACAACCCUGCUGAUAUGUUCACUAAACUAGUCCUAUUUGAAAAACACAGGCUCUGUAUAAGCCUUCUUCAAGUUCAAGAGUGA